AUGGCGGCACAAAGACCUCCGCUGUCUCAGGAACUGACUCUCACUGAGACUGCUUCGUAUUCCCCUAACGACGAGGGUAAUGCCACAGCGACUGAUGGACAAGGGGAUUCGACGCAUUCUGAAUCGCUCCGAGAAUCGGACUCACCCGAGAGCAAUCAGGCUCAACCCGCAGAAGCUACAAACGAUGCUGAGAAACGAGUUGAAGACCCCUGGUCUAAGCUGGCAGAAACGGUGUGGCACCGCAGCAAGGACGACAUCAACAGAUGGUGGGAGGAAAUCAACUCAUUAUUGACGUUUGCUGGUCUAUUCUCUGCUGUUGUAACCGGAUUCGCUGUUCUGUGUUACACCGUCCUCGCGGAUUCGGGAGCCACAGCCGAUGCGCCUAUUCUACAUCACUAUGUCGCGGCGCUCUGGUUUGCAUCCCUCGUCUGUGGACUCGCAUCCGCGUCCAUCGCCAUAUCCGUCAAUCAAUGGCUGAAUUACAUGUUGACUCCGGCUGGCCUCGUCGAGUUUGGACCCCGCCAGAAGUUGCGGAUCUGGAAUUUACGCCAACUGACCUUCAAGAAGUGCCACGUGGCGUUCAUCAUCGGUAUUCCACCAGUCCUUUUGCAGCUUGCAUUGGCGCUGUUCCUCAUCGGUCUAGUGGGCUUUCUCUGGACGUUGAGUAUCAUCAUUGCUCUGCCAACUCUCAUCCUUGUCGCCCUCCUUCUAGCAUUCCAGCUCGCAAUGUUGGUCGUGCCAGCUGUGCUGGCCUAUAGCCCCUUCCAGUCCCCGCAGGCUCAAUGGCUCCGUUGGGUCGUCUUUCGUAUUGUCCACACCAUUGCCCGCGCGGUUCACUACGCCAUCUCACGUCAUCCACUGGCAGUGUCGAAGCCCAACGCCGAGAUGCCCGUCAACCCGCGUCCGAAGGGACGAUUUGGGACGGAUACGCUCACCGUCCUCAUUUUUCGCCUCGAAGAGCUUUGCAAGCAUAGCAGCUGGGUAGCGAACGAGAAACACUACCUGGACAAUGUGUUGCACAGCGGGGAGAUCGACUCGGAGCUCUUCGCUGCCACGUUCAGGACCGCCGUUACCAAAGACGACAAGCCAACACUCCAGUACAUCCAACAGUGUCUUCGAGAUAUGCCUCUCCACUUGGCAUGCUCCAACGCAGCCGCCCUCUGGACUGAAUCCGACAAGGCUCGCCUGGACAAUUCAAUCCGGUGUACCAACACUUCCGAGUCCACUGUCACAAAUCCUUCUGCAUCAGACACAGCAGACGAGUCACGCGCCUCCUGGCACUACGACACGCUGGACAAGGACGUGACUAUCAUGAUGGCGGACGUGUUGGUGGACGUUAUGACCCGCCUCGUUCACAGCGACCCACAAAAACUUCCUGAUCACAUGCAGCCUGAAGACGUCCGGAGGCAGCUAGCUGAUAUGUCGAAGAAGCUAGACAUAUUGCUAUGGCUUCUCCCGGCGAUGGGAGGGAGGGAGGUCUAUCGUCGCAUUCUCGGGCUCCUACAAACAAGCUUUCGCGCUGGGGAACAUAUCCACCUUGGCGCUCGGUACCGUAUUCUGGAUGUGAUUUGGGGUCACGUUAACUGCUUCAGUUUGAAGGGAAUUCACACCGUCAUCAAGAAAACCCACAAUCAGGAAAAAGACUAUACCAUGAAGCUAGAGCUCAUCACGUUCGCCCUCCAUGUGCACGUCCACCACCAUCAAUCGACGGAUGUCGGCGAAACGCUAACUGAUCUCGAUUUAUUGUUGAGAUCGAUGGAGGAAACAGAUUUCACAAGAGCGACCUCCCGCGUUCCAUCGCACGUUCCAGUUUUGAUACAGGAUCUCGAGCACCAGGCGUACUCAUCAAGUCAGCCAACUCGCCCGGAACUCUUGACUGGUAUUGUGAACACGCUGUCCAAGCUCGCGCACGGUCGCAAGUUCCGUUUGUUCGAUCGAGACAUGCUAGCGAUGAAGCAGAAAGAUCUUUCCGAUGUCUCGCACAAUAUUCAUACCCAGUUCGGUGCGGCCCCUACACGACCCGCGCACCAUACGAAUGCACAAGACCAAAACCAACAUUUGGGAGGCGCCUCGGAUGUUGGAAGUGGUCUCGAUGCUCCACUUCAGAACAUGCAAGACAGAGGUUCUGGACGUAAUCCGAUGCGUCAUCCACAUGUGACAUGUUGUAUUCCUCAGCUUCCCGGCAUUCCACUGGGGUUCGACGUGGAAAGACAGGCUCCGGAUCAAGCAUUGCAAUCUGACAACGUAGCGGAAGCGAUAACCCUGGUUCCGGCGCACAUCACGGACAUGGAAUCGCCGGUCAGCAGGCGGCCAAGUUGA